GUCUUCUGCCAAUUUAUUCAACGAUAUCUGUCUAGUCAACGGCCUCCAUCAAGAUGAGCGACUCUUUGACGAGUCGGCGCAACCGUCCUUUCAACCUGCACAAAUCGGUACUGAUCAUAUCUUUCCUAAAUGGAGACUUUUUCAGCACUACCUGCCAAAUUUGCACCGUGUAAGCCCCAGUUAUCUCCGUUCCCGCUCAAAACGCAGACCGCUUACAAGGAGCCGACAAACGCAACGUAGUACAGCUCCUGUAGCUGAGAAAGAACCGAAAAUCACAGCAUGGCUACCUGGUGACGACUAUUUACUUAUUAAUUCAGUAGUUAUGACAUGCAAUCUCAGUGAAGUCUAUCACACUGUUCGAUUCGCCCACUUCUACACGGAAAAGGAAGUCGAGGCACGCUGGAGAGCUCUGCUGCUUGAUCCUAUAGCUUCAAGAACCGCUUUAGCAGCUAUCAACAAAAUAUCCCCUGCAUUAAAAUCACAAUUGGACCGUCAAAUUCCAUUCAGUUCUUUGGAAGACAAUCUCCUGACUCAAAUCAGCUUCUCGGAUGUUUACACAGAUCAUGAAAUGAAACCGCUGUUACUGGAGGAUUUGCGAAAUUCGGUCUUCUCCAAGCUUCUGCGUGAGCAUCCUUCUGUCUUCUACUGUGGUCGUGACGAGUUUGACUUAUUUCGUCAGUGGAGUCGUCUGAAAAGCUGUCAUGUCAUCAGAGACUCUGCGAAAACACCUCGGUCUACUCCGCCGGACGAUAGCAGCCUUAAAGGAAGCAGCGAGACUUCAAACCACGACAAGAAACCUGUGACCUCUAAUACGGAUAGUUUGCCGUGUGGGAACAGCUUCUCGAACACUCCACUCGGUGGGGAUCCCACGAGCUUUUCUGACACAGAGCUUCUGCUGGAAGAGACAGUGCAUACAGCUCUUGCAUCAGGCCUGGACAAGCUCAGCGAGACCUCUACUGCAGCUAGAAGAAGGCACAUGCUUGGUCAAUCGUCCUACCAUGGCUUCCAGGCUCUAGUCACGGAAAACGUCCUUGCUGCACUCACCAAAGAAAGUAGGGAGUCUGACGGUCAGUCGUCUAGCGCUUCAACACAUCCAUCUCGAGGAUCGACCUCCCCCUUUCUUCCGGAGGUUCGACCCCAGAAUUCGGUGGCCAGACCGCCCCACCGUAACGGUGCUUUCUCAACAUCUCACGGUACGUUUCCGCGAGAUCAUCCGUAUACGGCCUACCGAAACCAAAGCGCCGCGAAAUCUAUCGCUUCCUGUGCAGAUUUUGAGCUUCAGGUGAGGAUUACUUGCAGUGUUGUGCUGUUUCCAGGCAUCGUGUCUUCACUGCUAGUUCUAAAUCACAGUCGGUUACAUAAUUUUUGUGGCGCGCAUUUUUGGGACCAGGAGAGAACCGACUUCCCAAACUUGUGUAUAGAGUGCCCGAUGGUGCUCAUGUUUGCCACAAAGCGACGCCUAGAGCUCUAUAGGAAACGGAGGCGUCUAUGGGCUCGUCUUCGUCGAACUGCAGAAGAAGCCAAACGAUGGACCGCUUUGGUUGAAGUUCGUGCUUCCAAUGGUCUCGAGCUGACUGACCCCCAGCCCAUCUACCCCGCCUUGGCUGCUCUCACUGGGACUAGGACCAGGUUUCUCAUAAAGGAAAAGGAGGUGACGUUUGGUCGAAGUUCAUUUGUAUACAAGCCACACAUCGACUUGUCCCGUGAGGGCGAUAGUGCUCGUGUUUCACGUUGCCAUGGACGCAUCCGUCUGAUGCCUGAUGGUGCAUUUUGGUUGGCCAACUUCUCUCCACAUCCAGUAUUUGUGGAUGGCCAUCCAGUGCUUGCAGAUGAAGAAGUGGAGCUGAGAGAUUUAGCCACUGUUGUGGUGGCUCAUAUGACUUUCCGCUUCGACAUCAACCAACUCUACGUAAAUUCCUUAUGUGGUGGCGGCACGGCUCCAUCGGAGGAUGCAAACGAUCCGAAAUCAAGCACAAAUUCAGAUGCUCCUUGCUCUCUCCUGGAUGGUAGACCAUCUCCUUCGCCACCUUCCGAUCGAUCCGUUAAGCGCUGCGAUGAAUCUUCGCAAAUCUAGAUUCCCUUCCCCACACGUCUCUGUACAGUUUCUCCGCUUUUGUCAGAAUAUUAUCGAUCGUGCUGUACAUCACCUGCGCUUGACUCAAAGGACUGGAAAGUUGUUCAUAGUUUCUUAUCGUUAAAUCGUCCUCUUAUUUGGGCUAACUUGCACAUAAAUAACCUUGUUCAUGUGACCUUUUGCCGGUUUGGUGUCCACACAAGCAAAAUCAGACUAGUGCGUCAUCUUACUGUCCAACAUAGCAUGACCCUGUAGUCUGUCGCUCCCACCUGGUGAGUUAAAACAUGUCGGCUGAUGGUCUUUGAUGGGUUGUUGAGUUUUUUCUACCAUAAAAGCCACAAGGGCAUCAUUUUUAAGCAUUCUGUCAUCCCAUUGCCUGGCCUUCGAUAAAAAC